AUGUGUCACUCCACACGCAGGAUAACGAUGCAGCCUUACGGCAAGGAGUUCAAGAACUUCUUUGCAAACUCAGACUCGCCGCUGUUCCAAAAGCUGGCCAGCUUGAUUGACUUCGUGCCAUCACUCGUCGAGGGCCAACGGCAGGCUGUUGAGAGGAAGAGAGUGUGGAUGCCCAGAGCGCCCUAUGUUUGCCUCGCCAGCCAGGCCCACUUGGAGAACCGACGCUCGCAGCACUACAACAUCGCCAAGCUGUUCACGCGUCCGGACGGCAGUAAGCUGCUCUACAUCGGACACGAGAGCAUCAUGCCGGGGAGAUCAGGCUGGCCAAUGCCCCACGACGCCCCCUACACGGCCACCAUCAACCUGCACCUCAUGGCCGUGGUCGAGGUACAGUGGAACGUAACCUGUUAUUUCUCGACAUUAAAACUACCCAUGAAAAUACCCACACAACCUCUACGAAAGUCUCUAAAAUUCACGUUCCUCACUCAGGCUGGUUUGUACGAGAAGUGGGCUCGUGACCUGCUCUUCAAGGUUCAGGUGGAGAGCAAGAAGAAGCAGAAGCAGCAGCAGGAGGCGAUGAUGGUGGAGCCGCCCAAGAAGUCCCUCGGGUUCUCCAUCUGGCAUCUUCAGGGCGCCUUCAUCGUCCUCGUCCUCGGCUUUGGCAUCUCGUCUCUCGUCUUUGCUGUCGAAUUCCUGGGUAUGCCUCGUUGUAUUCUCAAAUAUUUACCUUACAAGUUUAAUGAACAUAAUGAUAAUAUUACACAGUCGGUAUUCUCACACGCUUUCGACUGA